AGCUCGCUUUGUGACUCAGAGCUGUUGGCUUGAUUGAGGAAGUCCGUUAGAGAGUUUAAACCCGCAGACAGGCAGGAAAAGAGACAAUAAAGGAGGUGAGACAGGCCGAGGAAACAGAGGAAAGACCGAGUUUCAAGUCUGAGAGCUCUGAGUCGAGGAUGGACGUCGGACCGAACCUACAGAAACGACGAAACAUCUGGAGAACAUAAGGAAUGCCACCAGGAACUACUGUUUUCUUAGACUUUUAACCAACGUUUUUCCUUCCAGCUUCAGUUUUAAGGAUAUUUUCUGACUUUAAGCAGUGAAACUAAACCAACGUUUCCUACCUCAGCCUCAGGAUUAUGGUGGAGUCUGCUCCCUGUGAGGAUCUAACGGAAGGUCAAAAUGCUGAAAUGUAAAGUUAAACGCUGUUUCUGGUUCGUCUUGGUGCUGCUGCUGCAUCUGCUUCAGGAUUUGGUCACUGCAGCUCCACCAGAUGAAUUCAGAUCUUCUUCUUCGUGCAGCUUCUCACUUUUAGAACCAGAACCCGAUCUGGACUCCGUAUCCGUGACGCUCACGACGUCCGGAUCCGGUUGUUCCUUCGUCGUCUCGUCUCCAGAUGCCACUGCUGACGAAACCGAGUGUAGAAGAAGAAGAGAAGACGAAGGAGAAGAUCUGGAGACCAAUGAGAUCAGAGAAGACCAUCUGGGGACCAAUCAGCUGGUCGAAGGUACCAGGAAGCUGACGGACGUUUUCACCUGUUUGUUGGAUCACCUGGAACCUGGAACCGAAUAUCUGCUGCAGGUUCAGUCCAAGACAGACGACGAAGCUGCAAAUGUCACCGUUCAGACCAAACCGUCGGCGGUGCUCGGCCUGUCGGUGACCUCCAGCACCUCCAGCAGCCUGGGACUUUCCUGGCAGGCCGGCCCAGGCAGGACACAGCGUUUCAGGCUGCAGCUCUGGGAGACCCCCCAGGGUCCGGAACAGUUGGGUCUGCUGAAGAACGAGACGCUGGAGAGCACGACGACACGUCACACCGUCACCGGACUGUCGCCGGGGCGACGGUACAACGUUACCGUGGUGACGGAGGCCGGCGACCUGCAGAACAGCCGGACGAUCGAGGCCCAGACAGCGCCCUCUGCAGUUUCCAACGUCACCGUCGACGACAGCAACGCCACAAGCUUGCGGUUGUCGUGGCAACGGCCAGACGGUGACCUGGACGCACUUGUCGUCGCUGUCUCGUCCAAUCAGACGAGGGUCUGGGAGAUGAUUCUGCCUCCGAACGCCACUGAGGUUGCCGUCCGUCAGCUGACUCCCGGCUCGGCCUAUCGGGUCGCCGUGACAUCCAGGAGCGGCGGGUUGACGAGCCAAUCAGAAACCAGCAUCAGGACAGCUCCAGCGGCGGCGUCCUCCCUCUUCCUCUCUCCUUCCUCCUCCGGCGGCCUCCUCCUGACUUGGUCGCCUCCUGUCGGUCACUUUGAGAACUACAAGAUCUUCCUGUUCGACGGCUCCCAGCAGUUAGUCGGUACCGCUGUGGACCGGGAGGCAGUCAAGUACAGCUUCAACGGGACGAGACUAACACCUGGGAGGAUGUACAGAGCGAUGCUGAGGGUGGAGAGUGGAGGACUGAUGGCUGAGAGCAGCUGUGAAGGUUCAACAGUUCCUGCUCCAGUGGUGGACCUCCACAUUCGACACUCGGACGAGACGUCGCUCAGCGCCAUGUGGAGCCACGCCCCCUCUGGGUCACGUGACAGCUACUUCCUCACCAUUGGCCACGGUAACGUUACCAUGGAUACCAGGGAGGUGGAGCCUAACAUGAGGGAGUGCACGUUCAACGUGCUCACACCUGGGAGACUGUACACCAUCACCGUGACGACCAGAAGCAGGAACCUGAACACCUCAGUGUCUGUGGAGGGCAGGACAGUUCCGAUGGCGUUGCGUAAAAUCACUCUAAGCAACUCGGGAGUCGGCAGCCUCCAGGCAUCAUGGGAAAAACCGCCAGGAGAUGUGGAUUCGUACGCACUGACUCUGCUGCAAGACAGUGUUGUGGUUCAAAACUACAGCGCGCCUGCUGGUUCUUCUUCUCUGCUGUUGAAUGGUUUGACUCCUGGCGCCCUCUACAGGCUGCAGGCCGUCACUGUCAGUGGAGUGCUGCAGUCUAAACCCAUCAGUCUGGAAGUUCGUACAGCUCCGGCAUCGGUUUCCGAGGUAACUGUUUCUAACGGCGGCAGAUCAGACGCCCUGCAGGUGUCAUGGCGUCCAGUGGGGGGCGUUGUGGACAGCUACCUGGUCCGUCUUCAGGACGGGAGGCGAAUCGUCCACACUUUGGCCGUGUCUCGCUCCUCGCCGCCCGAGUGUUCCUUUAGCUCGCUGGUUGCUGGACGACUAUACUCUGUCGUCAUAGUGACGCGAAGCGGCAACCUGGAGAACGCGACCAUUGUCCAGGCUAGAACACAACCUGCCACGGUGCAAAAUCCAACAGCUGUUCACUCUGCAAGAGAUGACUUCCUCAAGGUUUACUGGCGUCAUGCAGCCGGAGAUCUGGACCGCUACGUGGUUCUGAUCCGCUACAACCACAGCGUUCUGCAGAACAAGAGCGUCUCGGCUGGACACAACGAAUGCGUCUUCUUUUCUCUGACGCCAGGGAGGCUUUAUACCGUCACCGUGGAAACCUGGAGCGGCGACUUCGUCAGUAGCGUCUCCACCGACGGACGAACUUUUCCAGCAGCUGUCGGCAGUCUGUCGCUAGGUAAAGUAGGUACAGCUGACCUGAAUGUCACCUGGAGCCCUGCCCCCGGAGACGUGGACCACUAUGAGGUCACGCUGCUCUUCAAUGACACUCGCGUUUUCCCUCCGGUGACGCUCAGUAGUGAACUUUGCCACCACCAGCUGACCUCUUUGACUCCUGGGCGACUCUAUAAGAUCGUUGUGUCGACGUUCAGCGGACCGAACCAGAGAGCCCAGUUCAUCGAGGGACGAACAGUUCCCAGUGCUGUGGGGAACCUCCGCCUGGUUCCUCAGCCUGGCAUCAUGGACUCUGUUGGUGGACUGUUGGUCUCCUGGACCCCUGGAGGCGGAGACCUGGACAUGUACAUUGUUUCCCUGUCAACCCCGGACUUUGUUGUCAUUGAGACUCGUCCCGUCCCCAAACAUGUCUCCUCUCUGGACUUUAUGGAUCUGAUCCCAGGCCAUGCCUACUGCAUCACCAUUCAGUCGCUGAGCGGGAAGCUGACCAAUAGCAACGCAGCCACCGGCAGGACAGCUCCAGCCCCAGUCACCGCCCUGCAGGCCGAUAACGACCACACCACCCACAGCCUCACUGUCAGCUGGGAGCGGCCGGUCGGCGUGUUCGACGGCUACAGUCUGCAGCUGCUGGAUGAAGCCGGCGGCGUUCUGAUCAAUCGAUCGGUCGCAGCGAAGAGUCGACGUGAGCGACUGGAGGGUCUGACUUCAGGGAAAUGGUACCGAGUGAAGGUGGUGACGUUAAGUGGAGGCGUCCAAUCGAUGGACGCCACAGCAGAAGGACAAACCCGUCCCGCUGCAGUCGGUAAUCUAACGGUGACGUCGGCCAACACCUCGUCGAUCUCCUUCUCCUGGAGCCGCUCAGACGGCCACGUCGACAUCUACGACCUGUCGCUGUACAGCAUCACCAAGGAGGCGGCCAAUCACAGACAGGGCUCAGCGGCGGGCAGGAAGGAGCAUCACCAGGCUUUAGAUAAGCUGGUCGACCUGCAGAAGGUCGGUUCAGCUGCAGAUGGUUGCGUUUUCUCCGGACUGACACCAGGAAGUUUGUACCGACUGCAGGUGGUGAGCUGGAGCCGCGACAUGAGCAGUGACUCGUCUGUAUUGGCCAGAACAGUUCCGUCUCCGGUUUCGUCUCUUCAGGUUCUGAGUUCUGGACGGACGGACAGACUGACGGUCAGCUGGCAGCAGGGAGAAGGAAGCUGGAGCAGCUACCAGGUGGUGUUGUACGACGUCUCUGGAGCCACUCUGGGAGCUCAGACUCUGGGGGCGGAGCACAGGAGUCACAUGUUCCCCGGGCUGAUCCCUGGUAGGCUGUACCGCGCUGAGGUCAUCACACACAGCGGCGAGCUGACCAAUAGUGUCUCAAUAUUUGGACGCACCUCUCCAGAGCCGCCCACCCACCUGUCCGUCAAACAGGGCCCGACCAAUGACACGAUAGAGCUGUCAUGGUCUGGUCCCGCCUCCGGAGACUACGACAACUUCAGCCUGCAGUGGGCGCCGCCAGACCACCUGUCAGUCACACAGACUCACCUGACCAGCUGCGUGGUGGCCGGUAUGUUUCCGGGGCGACAGUACAACUUCACCGUGACAACCGUCAGCGGGGGAGGGGCCGGGGUCACGGUCAGGAGCCAGCCAAUCCAGAGGAGCGUCAGGACAAGUCCGUCUCCCCUGAGGUCGAUCCACUGCUUCCCUCUGUCCUCGUCCUCCCUCUCCUGCUCCUGGUCGCCUCCUCUUGCCGACUUCGACUCCUACGAGGUCGAGUGCCGUCGCCAUGACGACGGGGAGCUGACCUCGGCGCUGAGGCUGGCAGGCGGUGUCACCGCGGUAACGCUGGACCACCUCGACGCUUACAGGAAGUACUCGGUGACGGUCAGAGUGUCGUCGGCCGGACAGACGAGUCCGCCAGCGACACACACGACCGUCACCAUGAUCGACCGUCCUCCCGUCCCGCCGUCCAGCGUUCGUGUCAGUGAGAGGUCAUCGAAGGUCACGUCGUCCUCCAUCUUGUUUCGCUUCAACUGUUCGUGGUUCAGCGAUGCCAACGGAGCUGUGAGAUACUUCGCUGUGAUCGUAGCCGAGUCCGACGCCAAUGAGAUGCUGCAGCCGGAACAGCGCCACCCUCUGCCCUCCUACCGCGACUACAUCAGCAACUCCUCGGUCAGAGCCUACCAGACGGCCUACUUCCCCAGCCGAUGUCCUCAGGAUGCCGAGACCUCCGCCGGACAGGUGGUGGAGGUGAACCUCGGGGCGGGCGGAGACCGGCUGGGCGGAGCCUGUGACCAUUACCAUGACGACGACCUCUACCUGAGUGACAGCUACGGUGGCUUCUGUGACGGACCGCUGAAAGCCAAAACAUCCUACAGGCUGAGUGUUCGAGCUUUCACCAGACUGUUGGAUGAAAACCACAGAGAGUUUUCUCAGCCACUUUUCACCGACACCUACCUGUCUUCACCUCUCAGGACACAUUCAGAGCCUCUAGGUGGCGUCGUGGAGGGUUUGAGUGCUGGUAUGUUCCUCAUCGGUAUGAUGGUGGCAAUCGUCUCCCUGCUGGUCUACAGACAAAGACUACGCAAAGUGGCCGUCCAGGAGAACCCGGUGGUGAGGAUGAGCAUGUGGAAGGAGGUUCCAGCUUCAGGGAUGUACGUCGGCGUCCGGAGUAAUCGUCGAGUCACCAGUCCGAUCAAAGCCGUUCACUUCGAGUCCCACCUCUCCAAACUACAGGCCGACUCCAACUACCUGCUGUCAGAGGAGUUUGAGGAUCUCAAAGACGUCGGACGCAACCAGACGAUGGACGUCGCCCGACUGCCUGAAAACCGAGGAAAGAACCGAUACAACAACAUCCUGCCAUAUGAUUCCACCAGAGUGAAGCUGUCGUACCUGGAGGAUGAUCCGUGCUCCGACUACAUCAACGCCAGCUACAUCCCAGGUAAUAACUACCGUAGGGAGUAUAUCGCCACCCAGGGGCCGCUGCCUGGAACUAAAGACGAUUUCUGGAGGAUGGUUUGGGAACAUUGCGUCUACAACGUCGUCAUGGUGACGCAGUGUGUUGAGAAAGGACGGGUGAAGUGUGAUCAGUACUGGCCUGCAGACAGAGAACCUCUGUACUACGGGGAUCUGGUCAUUCAGAUGCUGUCCGAGUCCGUCCUGCCUGAGUGGACCAUCCGGGAGUUCAAGAUCACAUCGGAGAGCGGCUGUACUUAUCCUCGGGUGUUGCGUCACUUCCACUACACCGUGUGGCCGGAUCAUGGAGUCCCAGAAAGCACCCAGUCCCUGAUCCAGUUCGUCCGGACGGUCCGGGACUACGUGGACCGAUCACCGAGCACCGGAGCCACCAUCGUACACUGCAGUGCUGGGGUUGGCCGUACAGGGACGUUCAUCGCCUUGGAUCGGGUUCUGCAGCAGCUGGACUCCAAAGGAACCAUCGACCUUUACGGCUGCGUGUUUGACCUCCGGCUGCAUCGCCAACACAUGGUCCAGACCGAGUGCCAGUACUCCUUCCUGCAUCAGUGUGUUCGUGACGUCCUGAGAGCCCGAAAGCAUCGCAGCGAACAGGAGAAUCCUCUUUACCCCAUCUAUGAAAACUUCAACCCCGAGUACUGCCGAGAUUUCAUCUACACCAGACGCUGAAGACUUCUGAAAACUGAGACCUUCAGAGAAAAAAAUCUGCAAGUCAAUAAAACUUCACAAGGAUCACAGAUUUUAAACACUUCUGUUCUCAAAUCUCACCAACACAGCAGUUGUGUGAGUUUUCAUACGUCUUAUUCAUGAAAGGUGUUUGAAAAACUCUAACUCUUUGUAGAAAAAGUCAAAAUCCACCUCAAACUAGUGAAAUUACAGAAAUAUUUUUUUUUAAAUAUUGCUGUUUUUAACCACUUAUUUCUCAUGAAAAUCUUCAAAAUGUGGUUGAAAAUAUGUGAUAGAAACAGUUUUCAUAGUUUAAUGAGUCAGAAGUCAAGGCCAGACAGAGAAUUGUGUGAAAAUUCCCAGAAUUCACACAUCACACACCAAUUCUAACACCAAAAACACAAAUAAAUUAUCAUUUAAGUAGAAUCCUAGUUCAUUUUUACCUUCAUAUUUCUUAAUAUUUGGUCAAAUUUGAAAACAUGUUUAAUUAAAGUUGGUUUUAUUUGUGUCGAAGGGAAACUCGGGUUGAUCUCAGGUGUGAUUUUAGCUACCGAUCUAAAAGGGAGGAGAUCUAUUUUUCUACCUUCUAUUAUUACUGUCUGUUCUCACUCACUGCCCCAUAUAAGCUCUUUAUUUAAAACAAACCUACACAUAGUGCUGUAUGUAAAUAUUGAUGUAAUACUCUUUUUUAAAAUAAAUGUUAUAAUAAAUAUAUAAGUGCGUCAGGUUUCAUGCUGUGUAAUAUUCCUCUUUUAGGAACUUGUAGCAGAUCUCACCUGCUGUAUUCAGACUAAAAACUGAACAAACAUGCUAUAGUCAGUAUUACAAUAAGUUUUUAAGGACAUUUCAAAGCUUAAAACAUCUAAAACAUAAAGUAGAAGUCUGAAUACAACAAAGGAACAAUGUUUUCCCUGUUUGUCUACUAAAAAUCCAUCACGAAUUGGAGUUAAUCCAGAAAUAUUUGACAUUUUGUGAUUUUAUGACAGUCUAAAGAAACAGCAUCUGAUUUUGAGCCAUUCAUUUUAAAAUCUACCAAAUACUAAUUGGUUGAAUAUUCUGUCAACCCUUUUUCUCUUCUGUUUGAAUCGUGUGCUGGAGGUUUUGAGUUGUUCAAAAUGACUUCUGCUCAUAUAAGAUGUGUUUUCUUAACAUAUUUCUAAUGACAUAAUGCUAAAAAGUUCAGUGUUAUUAUUACUUAUUAUAACAGACUAAAUCAGCUGCACAUAUUAUUGUCCCGGAUACAUCAGACCUGAUGAUUUUCUGUAUAAUUUGCAUACAUUGUGAUGUAUUCUGGAUAAGUUUGUUGAUUUUCCGACUCAUCGUUCAGCCAUAACAUGAUGUUGGAAUCUGUUUUUAUAACUUGCUGUGACGUCACUGUAAACUGGAUUAUGAAGUUCAAAUUAAAAAUGCUUGACAAAC